AGUCUGUAAGAUUCUGAAAAGAGCAUAAAAUGGAUUCAAGACCCUAUUAUGGUAAUGUUUUUAUUUAUGGUCUAUUAAAACAGACUAAAUUCCACAAUCCUAUAAUAGGUAAAUGGGCAUAUUUGAAGAGGAAAAAAAAUCAAGAAUCGGAGCCUUAAACUUACAUAAUGAUGAUAGUAUGCUGUAAGACGAUUGUUAAAAGGCAGCACGGAGCUUCACUUUACCAAAUACACAAUCAACUUUGAAAAUUCUUAAGGAAAGCUUAAAUACAUGGGAAAAAUGGAUGGCAAAAUAUAAUGGCAUCUCUACACCCAAUGAAGUAACAGGUUUAGGCUUGUUUGUACAGCUCCCUAAAAUUUAAGCUGAAACAGCAUACAAAAACCAAAAUCCACAAAAUGGGUCAAGAAGUGGUUGGGAAAUGUCUUACUCUAGAUUGAAACAUUUAAUCAUACAAAAUAGAUUGUACUUAUACACUUAUUAAACAUUUUAAUCUACUUUGGCAUACUGAAUAAAACAUGGCUGGAUUAAACCAAACAAAAACUAUUAUUGGUACCAAAAUAAUUUUUUUUAAUGUUGAAGCGCACCUAUCAUCACCACUGAAAUUUGCAAGCCUGUUUUUUUUUUUUUUUCAAAAGUGGAGACAUUUUAUUUGCCUUUCAGGAAAAACGAAUCAAAUUAAUCAACUAAAACACAGCAUUGUAAUUUGCAGUAAAAAAUCAACACAUUUUGGUAACUGGCUCGGGUAAGGAAAAAAAAGCCCUGUCUUUUCAUGUAAACAUAAUAAGCCUGUAAUAUGCUGCAGACAAACGCACUGCAUGGGGUGUGGAGGACCCGAGCUGAUUAGAUUACCACAACAUCAGCCUGGGGCCGCCAUUUUUAGAAUCUGUAAAGGACAAAAGAGGGAAAUUUCAGUUUUUACUCCCCAUCUCAGAAAUUGAAGGAAAAAACAGACUAUUUUCCAAAUAGGUAUUCGUGUCUCCAGCCUAGAGUUGAAUGCACCUCACUUAAUUCUCUCCAAGGUCUCCAGAACUCCAAACACCUUACCUUAUUCACAUCUCUAAAAAGGGAACAAAAUAGGCAAAACGAGGUUUACUCUAGAACUAACUCUAGCGAUUUCUCUUUGACUUUAAAUUGUAUCAUUCUUAAGACAGAGCCCAGCAAGGACGGAUCUAUACGGAACUAAGGCCAGUAGAAGAGAGCACUCUGGAUUGUUUUUUCUCACCCCCACCUCGUUUAGCACAGUGAACCGUUUGUUUCUCAUCUGUGUCUGCUGCCACAGAGUCUGUGCCAAUCCCUUGGUCAAAAUAAGCUUUUCUGAAAUGAGCCAUAUUGUAGAUCCUAAGGCUCCGGCACAGUAAAGCACGGCGGUAAUGCAAAACGAGUGGGGGAGGAGACUCAGAAGGCUGGGUACUGGGGUGACCACCUCAGGGGCGGGUUCACCCUCUCCAGUAGAGGAUGAGGAGCUAGCUGUCUCGCUUUCCCACAAAGAGAGAUGCCCAGGGCGUUCUUCUUACCCCCUUCGUAUUCAUGUGCACAUUAUACCAGAGACUGUCCAUCAAGAAAUGGAAGAAGAAAAUGGGGCCUAUAUGGCUUUUCAGCACCUGAACAAGACACGGUUGAGAAAAGGGAGCGGUGGCAGCUCCUGGGACCACUUCGACACAAACCCUACUAACAGUCACAAGCCUCCCUCUUCACUCAAGCGGCCUUAACCCGCUGCCAAUGAGGAGUGCGCCCCCUCCCUAACUCCCACUCUCAAGGGGGUUUAACUGCCAGUUUCCCCUUCCCCAAUCCUAAAACCCGCCAUAAUGCUCCAUUUCUAGGGUCAGGGAAAAGAAAGGAUACAUUGGAUUUAAGCAAGCAACGUCUUGCGCCGGCAAAGACACCUGAGAGUCAACGUCUACUCCCCAGCUUAAGGAUAAAGAUGAGAGACCUCCCUCCCCCUUCAAACACAAGUCCCCCAACCCUGCAAGCCCCAGGAACUCCCACGGAGACGACAGGCACUGACCUGUGAUGUUCACACACGAGACACCCGAACUCCGUUAUGUGCUAGACCCCCAAGGAGUCUCUCCGCACCUCCGCAAACAGGCGACCCCCCGACAGCAGCCACUGCGGACACAGGACCCGGCUCCACACACCCCCUCCCCAAACAGCAGCGCGCAGCCUCUUCACCAGGAACCGAGUAGGGGAGGGGGCACCCAGGCAGUCAACAGGAACGCAGAGGCGACGGCGAGGCUGCUCGGAGUGUCUAUGCCCACUCUGUUGCCGCUCCCGAACUCCGGCACGGUCUCCGACUCGGCCCCCUGCGCCCGCUCAGUGUCACUGCCUCUCGCUCUGGGAAAAUGGCGGCGACGGCGGCGGCGGCCGCGGCGGCGGCCGCGGCGGCGGCGGCGGCAAGUGCACGGGGCCCGCCCGUCCCGCUCCGCAGGGGCAGAGGGGGAGGGGAUGAAGCUGCCCGGCGCCAUUUUGCUUGUGGGCUGCAACCCGCCGUUGCCUCUCAGCGGAGGCUCGAAGAUAGCAAACUGGAGGCGGUGAGGGGGACGGAGUCUCUGUAUUUCUGACAACAGAUGCAUUCAACAAUCCACCGAAGGUUUGAGGAAGUGUCGAUGUUCGGUGGGACUGGUUCUUUCCCCCUUUCCCCCAGUGGCCCUCAAAUCUGGAUAUAGGUGAGCUUGGCAUGCCAGUAUUGGGUGCACGGACAAGGACAGCAGGGCCUGGGAACGAACUCCCUCCCGUCACCCUUCGAAAGCGAUACACUUUCUCCUCCUCCCAAACAACCCCAGUCCCGUCUCCCCGUCCCUCUCCCCCUCCUCCCCCAGCCCAGUCUGGCCUCCGGCGCUGGGUGAACCCGGUUGGGGUGUCACUCGACGCCCACUAGGGGCUGAGGAGGCUCCAGUGCGCAGGCUCCGGGCACCGGAUAAAAGCGGAGCUGGCGAGUCCCGCGCUGUCUCGAUGGAGGAGCAAGAAACGGAAGAGGUCGGGGGGAGAAGCAGCAGGAAAAAUGCAGCCACCGUCAACGCCGCCUCCCUGCCACCGUGUUUCGGGGUAAAAAGCUGCCGUUGCCGUCGGUGCAGUUGCCGUCGCUGCCUCCUAUACUUCUCUUGGCCUCGGGGAAGGAUUUCCCCACCGGUGGGACAAUGUGCGGGGAGGGGAGUGGGAAUUCCUUUAUGUGGCGGUGAUUAAACGAGGGAGGGACAGAGAGACAGUGAUCUCGAAGAAAAAAGGGGAGACCAAAGAAUAAAAGGGUUUCCCCACUAAAAUGACA